AAUCUGUCAGUGUCAUUUCGAUAAGUCGUUUUUGUUGUCAAAAUACUUGCUAGGUACAAAAUAAAUAACAAAACGAUAUUUUAUGUGAAUAUACCUACGCAUAUUAAUUUCGUGUUAUACAAGAAAUAUACAUAAACGGAUAUGCCUGCUGCUGCUGCGUACUCUAUUCUUCUAAAAAAAGAAAAUGCGCACGAAGACCCUAUUUAUAGUUGUAAAUGGGCAAAAACGAACACUACAGGAGAUUCAAAGAGUAACUUGAAAGAUUUUAUAGUAACGGGAGGAUUGGAUGGCUUUGUGAAAGUGUGGCGGUUUGAAAACCAUAAGCUGGAACCGAUACAUACUUUGCAAGGACAUGCCAUGGCAGUUGUUUCGGUUGCUGUUAGCCCAGAUGGACAUACAAUAGCUAGUACCUCUCAAGACUCUAGUCUGAUCAUUUGGGACCUAGUGAUGGGCCAGAAAGUCCACGAAAUAAAGACAGGAGCCACUGACGUUUGGUCUGUAGCCUUCUCUCCAUAUGGCACCCAGAUUGUGUCAGGCGGCCAUACAGGGAAACUCUUUGUCUAUGGAAUCCAGAAAGGAACUGUGGACAGAAUGCUAGAUACAAGGGGAAAAUUCGCAUUGAGUGUUGCUUGGAGUGCAGAUAACACAUACAUAGCUAGUGGCUCGGUCGACGGGACUGUGUGUGUUUUCGACGUGGCUCAAGGAAAGCUGUUGCACACAAUUGAAGCACAUACCCUCACGGUCAGGUCUGUGGCCUUUUCACCAAAUUCCCAGUUGCUCGUCACCUCUUCAGAUGACGGAAAAGUCAAGAUUUAUAAUGUGGCAAGUGCCAGCCUCCAAUCCAGCCUUAGUCAUAAAACAUGGAUCCUCUCUGCCCUGUUCUCCCCUGACGGUAGCCGUGUGGCCGCUGCGUCUGCCGACGGGAGCGUGUUCGUCGCCAGUGUGGACGGCCUUAAACUGCUCUAUACCUUUAAAGAGCAUUCGGCUGCGGCAUGCAGUCUUCAGUUUAACAUCAGUGGCGACAAACUAAUAUCUGUUUCUAAAGACAAGAGUUUAAAUGUAUAUGAAUGUCCUCCACUGCCUACUAAAAAGAAAUAAAUAUGUAUAAAUGUAAGUAUC